CUUUUCGCUCCUGGCACUGAAGAAGAGCCAUCUCCACCUCCUCUUCCUCCCGACUGCUGUCCGCAUGGGAAACGGGAAGGGAGACGCAGCUACCCGGACCUGCCCUCCCCGGACCACCGCCUAAAGGACGUAAAGAGACUCGAUAAACGAAUAAAAACUUGCAUAUUUGUGUGUUACAAGGUGGAGCAGGUGGAGGGACAUGGAAGGCAAAAUGUGGAGGCUCUCCGUGGUGCUGAACCCGCUGCUGUUUCUGCUGCUGUUUGGAUACUGCCCGACUGUGACAGUACGUCCAAAGGAUGGCUGGCAGGUGUUCAGCUCGGCGCAGGAUGCAGACGGCAGAUGCAUCUGUACUGUGGUGGCUCCAGAGCAGAGUCUGUGCUCCAGAGACUCCAAAGGGAGACAGCUCCGACAGCUACUCGAGAAGGUGCAGAACAUGUCCCAGUCCAUCGAGGUACUGAACCUUCGCACACAGAGGGACUUUCAGUACAUUAUGAAGAUGGAGAGUCAAAUCAAAGGUCUAAGGUCAAAGUUCAGGCAGAUCGAGUCAGAGAAGAAGACGUCCGUCACCAGGAACUUUCAGGAGCUUAAGGGUAAGAUGGAGUCACUACAGCCCCUGAUCCCUGUGCUGGAGCAGUACAAGACAGACACUAAACUUAUUGCUCAGUUUAAAGAGGAAGUCAGGAACCUUUCGGGGGUCCUGAUGGGGAUCCAAGAGGAGAUGGGCGCCUAUGACUACGAAGAACUGCAACAGAGAGUUCUAAGUCUUGAGAACAGACUACGCAACUGUAUGAGCAAACUCACAUGUGGAAAACUGAUGAAGAUCACGGGGCCACUCACAGUGAAGACGUCCGGGACUCGAUUUGGGGCCUGGAUGACCGACUCUCUCGCCUCCUCCAAAAACAACAGAGUGUGGUACAUGGACAGCUACACCAACAACAAAAUUGUGAAAGAAUUCAAAUCCAUUUCUGAUUUCGUGUCAGGUGUUGAGUCUCGAACCUACAACCUCCCGUUCAAAUGGGCCGGGACCAACCAUGUGGUGUACAAUGGCUCCCUGUACUACAACAAAAUGCAGAGUAACAUUUUAGUGCGCUACAGCUUUGAAACCGGGCGAGUAGUUACGCAAAGAGCUUUGGAAUCUGCCGGUUUUCACAACGUCUAUCCUUAUACAUGGGGUGGGUUUUCCGAUAUCGACCUAAUGGCGGAUGAGAUCGGAUUAUGGGUAGUUUACGCGACAAAUCAGAACGCAGGAAACGUCGUCAUCAGUCAACUUAACCCGGACACGCUUCAAAUCCUUCAAACCUGGAAUACCGAAUACUCGAAAAGGAACGCAGGGGAAUCCUUCAUGAUUUGCGGGACACUGUACAUAACAAAUUCACAUCUUACCGGCGCAAAGGUUUAUUACGCUUAUUCAACUAAAACCUCCACAUAUGAGUACACGGACAUACCAUUUCAUAACCAGUAUUUCCACAUGUCGAUGUUGGACUAUAAUGCAAGAGAUCGGGCGCUGUACGGCUGGAACAACGGACACCAAGUUCUCUUCAAUGUAACGCUCUUUCACAUCAUAAAGACUGAAGACGAUUCCUAAAAAUAUGUCUAAAAUGUAUUGUUUUGUCUGAAUGUCAACUUGAUUUUUAAAGGCACAUUAUGUAACUUUUUGGUGGGAGGCUCCGCAACCUGCUUGUGUCCAUGGAGAUGUUAUUGCCUUGCCUGGAAUGUUCCACAGUAUGGCAUUAAAGGUCCUAUAUUACGCAAAAUUGACUCUUGUGAGCUUUAAGUCAGGUUAGAAUGUUGUUGCCUCCUCAAAAACAUACCGGGAGUUGUAUUUUGUUUGAUUAAAAGUAACCCUUUUUUAUUAGUCUAUAUCUCCAAAACUCAAAAUGCUCUGUUCCACCUUGUGAUGUCAUGUAUUGGUAGUUUCCAAGUUACAGCUACCUUUUACCUUUUGUUUGUUUCUGUUUAAGAGAAGAACUCAGUCUAAAUAUGUACGGUUUAGGUGUUAAAUAUGUGUGAAUGAAAACACUAAUUAUAACAUAGAUCAGAAAAUGGCACAAUAUAGGCCUUUUAAACAUAUUUCUCUCCAUGACGAUACCACCAGGGCAAGUUACAGGAUUUACAAGCUCAAAGAAUGUAUGCUCUUUUUAAGAUGCUUUAGACCAAUACAAACAUAUGUAAGUGAAUAAGAUGCAUAGGUUUGCAGAUAGACUGUGGAACAUUCCAAGCAAAACAAUAAACUUACUAUGCAGGCAAGUAGAUGAUGGAUCCACCCGAAAAGUUACAUAGUACGCCUUUAAGAUAUCUGUUAUUUGUGCAGAACUGUGCUCUGUUUGCUGACACUGAGCCACCUACAAUCUCAAUUAUUUAUAAGAUAUCUGAGGGUCUGUGUACUAUGUAAUUAAAAUUAAAAUACAUAUUAUUAUUUUAUUUUAUUGAUGCUUUAUUCACAAUGAUGACAAUCCUACUAUGGGGUCUUUGUGCCUGUCCCAAGCCUGGAUAAGGGUGAGAAAAAUGUGUCCAUGGCAUUCAACCCAUUCCCCAGAAAGACUCCAACUUAGCCCCAGAGAUCAAACUUAGCACCAUCUAGUUGGGAGGACUGUGUCACUAAGCUGUUUGUAAGGGUUGCAUUUUGAAUAGUUGUGAGUCAAACACUGAUAAAUGAAGUGUAUUGCCUAUGAGCACAAUGUCAGUAUGUGCUUUGUUGGAAUUCAAACCUGCCAUAUGGGAUGAAUACCUCACAAAACAGUGCAGAAGUUGGACUAAAAUAUUUAUAAAUUUUAGCUUACUUAAACGUACUAUGUAACUUUUCUGAUGGGGGUCUCUCACCAGUUUGUCUCCAAGAAGAUAUAUUGCUUUGCCUGUAAUGUUCCACAGUAUGGCAUUAAAUCUGUCUUGCAUGAACGCAAUUAAGUGUUUUACUGCACAAACAAUACCUGAUAAAAGACACAUUCUUGCUAGUGUUGUCAAAUGCUAAAAUCUUAAACGUGAUUUUGAUACUAAGGAAUAGAUUCAAUACUCGAUACUGAUCAUGAUACUAGAAUGAACAUUUACCAUAAGGUCUUAUAUUUGUUCUGAUAAAGCUCAAACGCAAACUAAAACUCUCCAGGAAACCAAUUUUUUUUUAUACUUUUGAAAAGCCUAAUUACUGUGAGUUGGGUCACCAUUGCACAGACCUGACCUGGUGGUGUCACCUCCAUAGAAAAAGAUAAGUUUAAAGCUAUGCUGUGGCACAUUCUAGGAAAAGAAUUAACAUCCAUGAGGACACUAAUAGGUGGCAGACCCUCCACUCGAAAAGUUACAUAGUGUACCUUUAUUUUGGCACAAAUACUCGUACAUUGAAACGCAUUAUAGCACUUUUAAAUAGUCCAAGUCCAUUUUGCGGUUUAUUUCUCUAAAUGUGUUCAGAUUGGUUGUCACAUUUCAUAUACUUUUUUAUGACAAUAACUGUCUAUAUCUCAUUCACAUUCUUCUUGUGUUCUCCAACUGUUCUUUUUGUUACUUUUCUCCAGUUUUCAUGAUGUCUCCAUAAUUUAUUCCUACUUUCAUUUCACUUUCAACUUUUUCAUUUUAAAAGUUAUUAGCACUCGACCUUGUGCAAGAUAAUGGCAAAAGUGAUGGACCAUUUUGUACCUGUAUAAUAAUUACAAGUGGAUUUAUGUGU